AUAAACUGGUGGUUGAUUAGAAAAGCAAAACUAAAAAAUUCAACUACUAAGGCAGCUCAUAAAAAAAUCCGUAAGCUACGAGACUUAAGGGCCAUCUCUCCAGGCCUGCAAGCAACUCGACUCUUCUAUCAUGACUGACAACAUCAUCACAAAGCCCCUCGGGUUAGUUCUGAUUAUCACAGCUCACAUGGUAUUUAAUGGCCCCAGCCAAGCAAAGGUCACUGGGAUCCUCGGCAGAAACAUUACCCUUCAAUUUACAUUUAAUGACACUGAUAUUCAUAAUCACAGCAAAUUUGCAAUUUAUAUAACAGGGGAGAAAAAGAUUGAUCAAUAUUCAGGGGGCAAACCUGGCCCAGGAGGGGGGAUUUUUAGUAUUUUCCCUAAAAAUGCUUCCGUAUUUUACCACAUUACAAAUCUUACACGAAAUCAAAGUGAAACAUAUUGGGCCACUUUGUUUGUGGGCUCGGGACUCAGGGAAAGUAAUACAGUGGAGCUGAUCGUCCUCGAGGAAAACACAAGCAGCACAGUUCCUCCGAUGCCAGCUAACAUCACAAUAAUCAAAGACAGUGGAAGUUCCAGUUUCUUAUCCUAUCAGCUCGUCACGGUCCUUGUGGUUUUACCUGUAGUGCUACUUGCUGCAGUCCUUCCCUGGUCGAUCUGGUGUCUCGUGAGAACCAAAGAUGAACAACACCAACCACAGCAAAACUCUAAUCCAACAGUACAGGAAACAUUUGAGGAUAUGCCUCCACCCUCACUGGUCUACAGCGUCCUGGACUUCCCCAGAAGACCCCCAGUAGUGUUGGAUAUUAAUCCAAAUGAUACAGAAUAUGCUGCUGUCAGCUACCUCUCAGAAAAGAGACUGACGCAAAACUGAAUGAAAACCUGCUGGGGUUGCUUGAUUUGAGUAAAGGUUUGCAAGGUGACUUGUAUACUGUAUAUAUAACCUAAAAUAGGUUUCCCAUAUGUUUUUGUAAUGCAAUUCUGAACUCUCCCAACCUGUAUAUGACUUGCUAUAAAUUACAUACAAAGGAGUUUUCAGGGGGAACAAAACUUAAGAUUUGAUGUCAGAAUCAAUGCUCUGCAUUGGUUGUAACUAUGUAGGUGUCAGUUUGAUUCUGGUGGUCGUGAGAUUGAGAGAGUUCCUGUGGCAAACCACAAGCCAACACACAUAAUGACUUGACCGCUAUCUUCUAAAUAGGAAGUUGAAAUCAUUAGCAAUAAUUAUACUUGUGACAUUUUAAGAUAGUGACAUGUGUCAAAAGACAUUUUACAAUCUUGGGCCACUUUAAUAAUUAGGUACCUAGCUAAUUAGUUAGAUUAGCUGAACGAUCUAGAACACAGAAUUAGUUUGCAAGACUGUACAGGUCAUUAAAAAUAAUAACUGCUGAUAAAGCCCACUGUUCCCUACAGAAAACAACUGCUCUUAAUUGAAAUUGACAGUUUGGAACUAUUUGAAGCUACACGAGGCCCGUGACUUGCUGCCACUUUUGAUCUCUCAGUGCCACAACUCUUGUAUCUUAAUGGGUCUGAUUUUGAGACAAUGCCACCUACACCUUCCUGAUGCUUUAAAUAUUCUCUCAGCACCUAAUGUAUAUUGAUACCCCACUGAAAAUAGUCCCUAAUCAUGCACUGUUUAUUCCUGUUUGAGUAACAUUUGCUAAAAACAAAGGUGUUUAGGAAAAUUACUGGGCCUUUUGUUAAAAUAAAACCAUGUAUUUCUUCAUUUUUUUGUUAUCAAAUAUGAUCUGAGUUGAGUGUCGCAGGCAGGGUGUAAUUACAAAAAUGUACCGAGAGAUGGACUUUAUUGGCAUUUAUUGAUAACAAAAACACUUGAAUAUCCCAAGCCUUUUUCUUAAAACCACAGUAAAGCACAACUAUGCGUAGUUAGCACUGAUUCUAAAUUUAUAACGACCCCUAUGAGGAUGUGGAAGGAUGUCAUUUUUUUUUUAUUUGGACAACGGUGGUGACCUUUGCUGUAGUUAUAUCUAUGACUUGUUUAUUAAUAAUGCUAUCUUUGGCGUGUGGAGGUGUAGCAUGUUUACCUGCUGCCUUUGGUUUGAAAUCAUCAUUGCGUUUGUUACAGUUCUGCCUCAUCACCUUUCCUUAAUUUUUAUCACUGUUUAAAUAUACAAAAAUAAGGACCAUGAGUGAGAUGAAACAGGAAAAUGAUGAAACUCCAUUUGUAGAUGAUCUGUUACCAGGUCAACAGUGCUGUACAUUCACAGGUCACAUAGGUAUUAAUUUUAUUCACUGACAGUUUGAAACAAUCACACCAGUUUACACACGCAACAACUAUCUGACACUAUCUCAUAGCCAUUUUCCACUGCAUGGCUUCUAAAGUUCUCUUUUGAGGGGUGCUUACUGAUGUUUUGAUAAAUUUUGCAGACAAAGUAUCACUAGUUAUAAUUACCAUGUGUUGUUACAGUAUGUAUUAAAACAUAUUAUGUGGAGUUAAACCCACACAAGCUAAGUGUUAAUAGCAAACAAGCAGGCUGAUCAUUCAUCCUGGAUGUUGCUUGCUACUCAGGAAGGAAAAUAACCAGUAAAGUCAGUGGUUUUUAAAAUAGGUGACCACAGUGACUUGCGGGCUGAAGAAAUCUUCUGUGCUCUGAAAAUCUCAUUGGUAAAACAGUAAAAGUAAAUUCUGAAAUCAACCAAGGUACCAGGUUUCUUGUAUAGCUAGGUGGUAUCAUUUCACAUACUACUGAAUGGUUCUUCCUGAAAUGCACAAGUUGUUUUAGUGAAUGUCAAAAUAAUACAUUUUAUUCUUUGCAGUGUAAAUAAUGUAUUUUGUUCAUCCCUGUCUAGAAUCUAUGUCUCAUGUACUGUAAGUAACAGAAAAGGCUUUUUGUCUUGUUGACAGUGGUGCCUAUUUGAGGCAGUACAAGCAAUGACAUAAAAUGCACUGUACAUUUCACUUAUUAUAAAAAAAGUUAAACACAGCUGUAUGUUCAGGGUGUAACUCAUCACUCAUGUCAUACAUAA